GAAAGCCAGCAGGGGGUCCAAUUGAUGUACCGAUUCGAUGGAGUGCGAAGGACAUUUAAUUGAAUCGUGGUAGUUUGGAAGUGUUAAGGAAGUUCUCGUGGGUAAACUUUUGUUAUAUAUUUUAAAUAAAGACUUCCAUGUUAUAAUAUAUACGAAUAUGUUGCGAUUUACAAGUAUUUCAUUGAGAAAAAUUACUAAUGAAUUAGUAAUAGCUCCUCGACGUCUUUCCAAAGUUUCGUCUAUUUUACUUUCGCGGAAUUACUCGGAUCACGAAAUUCCUGAAAGUAUAAAAUAUGUGGAAGAAGCGGACGAUCCGUCAUUUUUUCACAUGGUCGAAUAUUUUUAUCAUCGCGGAUGGCAAGUUGUUGAAGACAAAUUAGUUGAAGAAUUUAAAGGAAAAUUGUCUUUGGAUGAGAAGAGAAAGAAGGUUAGAGGUUACCUAGGUAUUAUAGGACCGUGUCAUCAAGUUCUCGAGGUAUCUUUUCCACUCAGGCGGGAUAAUGGAGAUUAUUGUAUGAUAAAUGGCUGGCGUGCACAACAUAGUCAUCAUAGAACACCUUGUAAAGGAGGAAUUCGUUACAGUACUGAUGUGAGUUUGGAUGAAGUUAAAGCCCUUUCAGCAUUAAUGACUUUUAAAUGUGCCGUAGUGGAUGUUCCAUUUGGUGGUGCAAAAGCAGGAAUAAAAAUUAAUCCUAAAGAAUUUAGUGAUUUUGAGUUAGAAAAAAUGACUCGAAAUUUUGCAUUACAACUUGCAAAAAAAGGAUUUCUUGGACCUGGAUUAGAUGUACCUGCUCCAGAUAUGGGUACUGGAGAAAGAGAAAUGAGUUGGAUUGCUGAUACAUAUGCACAAACAGUAGGUCAUUCUGAUCUAAAUUCUCAUGCAUGUGUGACAGGAAAGCCAAUUAAUCAAGGAGGUAUUCAUGGACGAAUAUCUGCUACUGGAAGAGGUGUAUUUCAUGGCUUGGAUAAUUUUGUAAAUGAAGCUAGUUAUAUGAGCAUGAUAGGAACAACUCCAGGUUGGGGUGGCAAGUCAUUUAUUGUUCAGGGACUUGGUAAUGUUGGUCUUCAUGUAAUGCGCUAUCUCCAUAGAGCUGGAGCAAGAUGCAUUGGAAUUAUAGAAUAUGAUGGGAGUAUAUCUAAUCCAAAUGGUAUAGAUCCCAGAGAAAUUGAAGAUUACAAGUUGAACAAUGGAACAAUUGUAGGAUUUCCUGGAGCAGAACCUUACAAAGGAGAGAACUUAAUGCAUGAACCUUGUGACAUAUUAAUUCCUGCUGCUGUAGAGAAAGUUAUUACAAAACUGAAUGCACAUAAAAUUCAAGCAAAGAUAAUAGCUGAAGCUGCAAAUGGUCCAACUACUCCAGCUGCAGAUAAAAUUUUAAUAGAAAGGAAUAUUCUUGUUUUACCUGAUCUCUAUGUGAAUGCAGGUGGUGUUACAGUAUCAUUUUUUGAAUGGCUCAAAAACUUGAAUCAUGUUAGUUAUGGGCGAUUACUUUUUAAAUAUGAACGUGAUUCCAAUUAUCAUUUAUUAGAAAGUGUUCAAGAAUCAUUAGAACGACGUUUUGGUAAAGCUGGUGGUCGUAUUCCAGUAGUUCCAAGUGAAGCUUUCCAGAAAAGGAUUUCUGGUGCUUCAGAAAAAGAUAUUGUUCAUUCAGGAUUAGACUAUACAAUGGAAAGAUCUGCUCGGGCAAUCAUGCGCACUGCAAUGAAAUAUAAUUUAGGUUUGGAUUUACGCACUGCAGCUUAUGUCAAUUCCAUUGAAAAAAUAUACAGCACAUACAGAGAAGCUGGAUUAACUUUUACAUAAAGAAAAAUGUUCUUUUUAAUGACAAAAAAUUGAGUAGACUAGAUUAAACAAAGUCAAAAAAACUCAUUUACUUUAUUUCAUCCAUUUUAGCCUUUAUUUUAGAAAUCAAAUAGUGAAAUUUUGGCAAAUUCCUUUGUACAAAUUGCAUAUGUUUGUUCUGCUCAGUCAUUUUCAUAUAUUAUAUACAUAUAUAUAUUAUAUAUUUAAAGAGUUAUGAUAUUUAGUGUGAAUAUGUGAAGUAUUUUGUUUGAUAUGUAGAGAUUUUUUAAACUAUCUUACAUUUAAAAUUUUGUAAAGUUAAUUAGAACUAAAAUAUAGUGCAAUCAAAAGGAAUUUGUUAAAAUUAUAAUUUUCUAUAAUGAAUUGUAAUAAAAUAUUUUAAUGUUCAAAAUAGUUAAAACAUAAUAUACAAAGUUUAGGUUAACCAUCCACUUUUUUGAUCAUUUCUUUAAUGAAAUAAAGCCAAAGAAGCUUAAAUAAAGUGGAAAAUAGAUAUAAUAAUAAUAACAAUUUUGAGAUCUGAAAGAAUGCCAAUCUUUCAAGAACUCAGGAUAAGUCAGUCUAUGGUCAAAAUAAUUCUGAUGAUGCCGAUCUCAGUUUUUUAUGAACCAUUUUAUAUUUCUUAACUGAAUAGCAAAGUGUUAAACUUUCAGUUUAUAUAACAUUAUUUGAAUCUGAAUGCAAAACUGCCAAACCUAUAUACAAUACAAUCGACUUGAAACAAUACAGAAGGCUCUUGACAAAGUAAACUUUUGUAACAUUAAUAUGGCAGUUAUGUUUUAUAUAAAUUUUGUGUGUCAGUUUUUUUAUUGAAAUAGUGUAAUGAUUAAGUGGAUCGAAUUUAAUAGAUAAAAUACAAGUUCCUUAUCAUGAUCGAUCAUUAUAGUAUUCUCCCUCAAGAUGUUGGACUUGAAAUAAUUUCCUAAAAAUUAUUCUUCAUUUCAUUGUAUUUAAAUUUUAAAAGCAUCCUAGCAUCCUAAAUUGUAUUGUUAAUUGUUUUAGAUACUUUUUUGGAGCAAUGUUAGAAGCUUUAUAAAGUUAUUUGAAUUAAAUGCUAAUA